UACCAAUCAUUUGGGUUCGUCAACUCAAAUAUUCCACAGCAUUUGACUUCUUGUUCAUCGCAACCCCAGCUCACUUUUAUCCUCGAAUUCCUCGAAACUUGUAAAUCAAAUCAUGUUCAAAUUCCACAUUUUCUUUGCCCUUUUGAUCCCAUCAGCUCUCGCCCUUCAUUCACCAUCUGGGUCCAACGAUUCCCUUCCAUAUCUAUGGCCCUUGCCGUCGGAUUUCACUUCCGGAAAUGCUACUCUCUCCGUCGAUCCUCAGCUUUCUCUCGCCGUCGCCGGCAAUGGCGGCAACUCUGCGAUUGUUAAAGCGGCGUUUGAUCGAUACAGAGGAAUCAUAUUCAAGCACACUUCUGGGGUUUCUAUAUUUGAGCAGAUUUGGGGAAGACGGAGGACAUUUGUUUAUGAUAUUAGCGAAUUGAAGAUUAUUGUUCACUCGGAUUCUGAGGAACUUCAACUUGGCGUGGAUGAGAGCUAUACGUUGUUUGUAUCGAAGAAGGAUGCGCAGUCGAUUAUAGGGGAAGCCACAAUUGAGGCACCUACUGUUUAUGGUGCAUUGAGAGGGUUGGAGACAUUCAGUCAACUCUGUACUUUCAACUAUGAGACAAAGGAUGUACAAAUUUACCAAGCUCCAUGGUACAUCAAAGACAGCCCAAGAUUCUCAUAUCGUGGCCUUCUCAUAGAUACUUCAAGGCACUUUCUUCCAGUAGAUGUAAUAAAGCAUAUCAUUGAAUCUAUGUCUUAUGCUAAACUCAAUGUACUUCAUUGGCACAUGGUAGACGAGGAAUCGUUUCCUCUCGAAGUACCUUCAUAUCCAAAUCUGUGGAAAGGCGCCUACACGAAACAUGAGCGUUAUACCAUCGAGGAUGCUUACGAUAUUGUCACCUUUGCCAAAAUGCGGGGCAUCAAUGUUAUGGCAGAAGUGGAUGUUCCAGGACAUGCUGAAUCUUGGGGUGUCGGAUAUCCAGAUCUCUGGCCUUCUCCUUCAUGUAAAGAACCACUCGACGUUACGAAAAAUUUUACUUUCGAUUUGAUAUCCGGUAUCUUAACAGAUUUGAGAAAAAUUUUCCCAUUUGAGCUCUUCCAUUUGGGUGGCGAUGAAGUAAAUACAGAUUGCUGGGAGACCGUUCCACACGUGAAACAGUGGCUUGUGGAUCAGAACAUGACCACUAAAGAUGCCUAUAAAUACUUCGUGCUAAGAGCUCAAGAACUUGCUAUUUCAAAAAAUUGGACUCCUGUAAAUUGGGAGGAAACUUUUGUUAACUUCCCAGAAGGUCUGAAUCCCAGUACAAUAGUUCAUAAUUGGCUGCGUGGUGGGAUUUGUCCCAAGGCUGUUGCACAUGGUUUUAGAUGCAUCUUUAGUGAUCAAGGUGUUUGGUAUCUCGACCAUUUAGACGUCCCAUGGGAUCGUGCGUACCGUGCUGAUCCCCUUGAAGGAGUAUCAGAUUUUUCUCAGCAAAAGCUUAUCAUUGGAGGAGAAGCUUGCAUGUGGGGUGAGACUGCCGAUGCGUCGAACGUCCAGCAAACGAUAUGGCCUCGAGCUGCUACAGCUGCUGAGAGGUUAUGGAGUAAGAACGAGACGGUCUCGGGAAAUAUCACCGUGUCAGUGCUACCACGCCUGAGUUACUUCAGGUGCCUUCUUAACAGGCGUGGCGUCGAGGCUGCUCCAGUCAAGAACUUCUAUGCUCGACGACCUCCUACUGGUCCAGGAUCAUGUUAUGACCAAUGAAGUUCAUGUUAUGAUCUGUUUUUAACUUUGUGCAUUCUACCUAUCUACUUUCCUGGAAUAAAAUUUCAUCCAUACUGAUCUGUUUGAUUUGUUUCUUAAAAGACUUGAGCUUGUUCCUGUGGUGCUCCUUGUUCACUGUCAGAACAAUGUCAAUAUACUUGGUCAGUACUCUCCACUCCA